AUGAGAGAUCUUGGUAUCUUUGAGGAUGUGGAGUUGGUGCUCAAGAACAUGCAAUUGGGGAAGUUCUUCUCUCACCGCAUGGAGUCUUACAAGGAGUUGACUUGUGAGUUUUUGGCGUCGAUGAAGCAUCACGAGUUUGAUGAGCUCGAUCGAGCUGAGUUGGACCAAGGCUGGGGGGAUGGGAAGAAGAUCAGAGGAGACAGGGCACACGCAGGGAAUCUCAUGCCUCUCCUUGAGCAGCUCCAAGCCUACAAGGUCACAGCUUACAACACUAGGCACCAAAGAGGAAGAAAGCUUAGUGUUGGAGGGGUGAUCACACCAAUUCUUUGUGCAGCAGGAGUUCAAGUGGACAAGAGAAGGUCUACUCCACCAGGUUGGAUGGACAUCAAGUUUUGCAAGACCAACCUCCUCAUUGAGCACAAGGAGUUGGAUGGGAGAUUCCAAUUCAAGUUCACCCACCCCACGGCUGGACUCUCCAAGCUUCUUCUGCCCAACCCUGAGCUCACCACGGUCCUAGGAGGUACAAACAUUGAUUUCAGACCCCCUGUGUACACUUUAGUUGGGCAUGAAGCAGAUUUGCAAGAAGAAGAGAUCGAGCUCGAUCGAGCUGAGGAUCGAGCUGAGGCUCAAGCUGAAGAUGGAGUGCAGGAAAGCUGA